AGCACCGUGGCCAAAUAAUGGCAGAAUGGUCAGAUUGGUCUGGGCGUCUGUGAGGGGUCCUUGGGCGAGAUGUCGCCCGGCGGCAGACUCGCAGACUUGACCUGAACACCACCACCAGCAACAACAACACAAACACAGAUACACACACAUACAAUGAAGAGGUCUGUCCUGAAUGUUUGUGUACGAACGCUCACCACGUUCUCCAGGUUGGUGACCCGCUGGUUGAGGUAAGAGUUGACCUGACCAUGUGUGCACAUCGAUGCCAUGGAGAAGCACACCUCUCUGUCUGUCUGUCUGUCUAGGUGGGUGAGGCGAGGUCGCUGGCCGAGCAUGCCUGCCUACCUUUUUGAGGUUGACGAUGGAGUCCUCCUUCUCCGCCAAAGUGGUCGUCAACUCAGACACCAAUCGCUGCAUCUCCUGUGUGCCACCACACACACACAGAGGUAUGGUGUGUACCAUGUUGCAGUACUGCAUCCAUAUGUGGCCGUGCGUGGUGGAUGACGCACCUCGAUUUGGCCGCUCACCACCCGGCUGUAGUGCGCCAUCGACCCACCACCCGACGCACCCAAUCCUGAUCGACAGACAGACAGGCCAACCACACACACGCAUUAAGGGCACCCACCCCAUAAGCAGUUGCGUACCAGAAGGGGUGUGGGGCCUGUUGGUCGUCUGCUGCUGGUGCUGCUGUUGGUCGUCGAUGUAGAUCUUGAGGUUCCGUUCGGCGGUCGAUGCGCGGCGCUUGGCGUUCUCCAGCUGCUCAUGCAACCUGCACAGCGCCAGCAGAACACAUAGAUAGAUCGGUGUGUCUUUGUGUCUGUGUGUCGUUCGGCGUGCCUCGCUCCCUCACUGUUUGUUGGCUUCAAUGGCCCGGUCCCUCUCGGCAGCGACCUGCUGCAGCUGCUGACGAUCGACGCUUCUGCUGCUGCUGCUGGCGCCUGCUCCUGCUGUGGGGCUGCGUGCACCACACAUGGACACGCGGACAUGCAGCCCCACAGCAUAGGUGUCAUCAUCCCUUGUGUACCUGCCGUCUGUUUUGAGGCUGGCCAUCUCCUGCUCGAGCUUCUCACGCGUCUCGGUCAACGAACAGAUGCGCUGUCAUCGGCGGAGGCGACAGGCAGGUCAGCAACGCACGCAACACACGCAUUCGUCAUCUCUCUCUCUAUCUCAAUCUGUGUGUGUGUGUGUGUUUGGCGGACCUUUUUGAGUUCGGUGGUGUUGUCAGGAAGCGACCGAUAAACCUCCUGCAGCGAAUCCGGCAGCAUCUCCCUGACACCACACACACACACACACACACGUGUAUUCAUAUCUGCGUAUGUGUGUGGUGUGUCGGUCGUUGUGCAGACAGAUGCUGACUGACAGGUUGUCGUCACUCGAGCCACUCCAGCCGCCCCCCUCUGAGGCGUCGAACAUGGACUGAUACGCGUUGGGCAGCGGAGAGGGGGUGGGUUGACGCUGCUGCUGCUCUUGUUGUUGCUGCUCCUGCUGCUGCUGUUGGUGGUGUUGUUGCAGCUGCUGCUGUAGGUCCGUGAUCUGCCUGUCCUUGGCCGCGAGGGACUCACGCAGCUCUGCCAGAUGAGGGGAGGCAGUGACCUGACACACACACACACACGGUGAGGGAGAGGAAGAGCAGCUGAGUGUUCUGUCUGUCUGUCUGUCUCUCUCUCUCUGUGUGUGUGUGUGACGACGGUUGUGUUUGUCCCUUCCCUCCCUCCCUCCCUCCCUCCCUCCCUCUGCCUGUCUGUGCGAGAGGGCAUCCAUGAAUUCAUCCGCUCACCCCGGUUUGUGCGUCUCCGGUGGUCUCGCCCCCUCCCUGCAUGGACUCGAUCAUGAGCUGCUGGUCCUGCACCUUGAGGUUGAUCUCCGUCCACGACCGGCGGGCCUCCUCAAGCGACGCCUCAAGCCUCGACGCCUUGCGGUGCGCAGCGGCCAGCUGGUCCUCUAACGCCAUUAUCUGAUUGAUGGGUGCACAGAGAGAGGGGGCAAGGGAUCUUUGAAUAUGCGCAGUGAUGUGUGUGGGUGUGGGUAUCGGGAUGGUCACCUUUUGGUGCUUGGCGUCGGCGGCCUCGUCUGCCUCUCUCUUGAGCCUCUGGUGCUCCUGCAACAUCUCCUGUAUCUGCUGCUCCGUGUAGGUGGUGCCAGUGGGACCCGGUGGCUGUGGCUUUGAGGGUGGUGUGAUGGGCUGCUGCUUUGGGCUCUCCCUCUCAAGCUGGAAACGGCGCACCUCUGACACACAGACCAGCACACAUAAUGCCUCCUCUCUCUCUCUCUCUCUCUCUGUGUGUGUGUGUGUGUGUGGGUUUUUUGAAAGAUAGGUACCUGCCUGGAACUCUGACUCCAUCUCUUUCUCCUUCUGAAGAAAGUGCUCCCGCUCCUUCUCGACCGCAGACUCGAUCAGGCGCUGCGUCUCAGCCUGACAGACAGACAGACAAACAGACAGACAGACAAAUCACCCGAAUGCAGCACCUCUCUGCGCAUGUGCGCGUGUUGGGGCAUGUGUGGUCUGUUCAGGUGACCUAUACCUCCUGCUGUGCCCGCUUCUCCCGCUCCAUUCGCAGAUCGGCCUCAAGAGCUUCCACCUGCACGACACGAGAGAAAGAGUGAAUGGGGAAAACACGCACAUUCAUCCCGCUGCUGGCCUGACCUUUGCCUCAGCGCAUGUGGCUUUGCUCUCGGACUGCUGCAGCUUCAAACGAAGCUCACUGUUGGCCGUGCGAAGGGACUCCACCUGCAUUAUAUGACAGAGAGGAGGGCUGCCCACGUCACGUGGUUGGUCAGCCAGCCUUGCGGAUGAUUCGAUUCAUGCGCACCUCUUGCUGCAGAUCUUGCAGCUCUGCCACGGCUGCUGUGUCCCCCUCACCUCUCUCACCAGACCGCAACUCGUCCACCUGCACACACACAGAGAAAGACAGAAACACAUGAGGGAAGGGGGUAUCCCUCCCUCCCUCCCUCUGUCUGUCUGUCUGUCUGUCCGUAUUCGGUGACUUGCCUGUGUCUCCAGAGCCGUGACUUGGCUAGUCUUCUCGUCGAGCUGUUUGUGCAGCAUGGCGGUCUUAUCCCUCAGCUCCCUAUCACGCACCUCCAGCGAACUCUGCAACGCCGUCACCUACACACACACACACACACACUGACUGGGGGAGAGGUGUGGUUGGUGUGUGGGGUAUGGGGCAGGGUACGUUGCUCUUGAGCGAGUCGAUAGCCUUGCUGGCCUGCGCUUCCUGCGCAGCCAGCUGCUCCUUGACGCCGUCAAUCUUGGCCUGAACACCACACACACACACACACACACCAGACACACAACGGCUUUAUGUGUGUGUGUCUGGGCAUAUGUGUGUCAUCUACCUCAGCAGCUGCCGCAUCUGUGCGUGCCGUCCGCAGCUGUGUUUGGAGUGAGGAGACCUCCUGCUGCAGCCUCGCCAGCUCGCCCGCUUCAUGGGGGUCGCUCUCAUGGCGCAACUCCACUUGCUGAUUGAAUUGACCAAUCGAUAGACGCGUCCACGCCACAGACGACAUGAUAUGGGUAAGACACUAUCUCUCUCUCUCUUGUGUGUGUGUGUGUGUUUGUGUGUGUUUAGUCGCUUACCCGUCUGAGCUCCUCGUUUUCCUCAUUGAGCCUCUCUGUCUGCUCGACGAGCGUCUCGAUAACGGACUUGACCUGACUUGUAGAGUUCUUGACGAAAUCUGCAUAAGCAAUCCAUCGAUGCAUCCGUGGGGGAUGGAUGGGUGGAUGUGUGGCCACCCUGGCCGUCACGUUGCAAGCUGACCUGUGUUGAGUGUCCUCUGGAGGAGGGUCUUGAUAUCCUUGCCCUCCUUCCGGGCCUUCUCCAUGUAACGAAAGGCCUACACGCACACAGACAGACAGACAGACAGUCGAUGAAUGAAAGGCGAUCAGCCAGAGAGAGAGCCAUCCAUCCAUCCAUCCAUCCAUUCAAUCCAUCACCUUGAGCGUCUCCGCAAAGCUGUAUUCCUCAACCUCCUAUAUACACACACACACACAUCAACCAAUUGACGCAAUUAAUGACUCCACCCACUGUGUGUCCGUGUGAGUGCUUGCCUGUUGUCCGCUGCCAUAUAUGGUGACGAUGCCCUUCCCGGCCGACUUUUUGCUCUCACUGCUGUCGCUGCUCGUCUUGCGGUGCACCUCCAUCGGCAGCAAUGACUGGGGCUGCGGCGAACCGCUCGAGGCCGAUCCCGAGUCGGCUGCUGGCUCUGAAUCCGCCAUGCUUUCGGUGUUGCUCGCAAUGCUUGCCUGGUUGCUUCAACCAAGCGCGGGAGGGAGGGAGAGGGAAGGGACCGAUGAGUCAGUGACUGACCAGAAGGUCACUCACGCAAAAGAACCG